AUGAUGAAAAGCCGCCCUAUAGUCCCUCCAGUAAAUUCCCAAGGCGUCUUGCCGCUCCACAAGCAAAAUGGCGUCACCUAUCCCGAACUCAUCGAGCUCCCGAUCAACGACCUCACCUCAUCCUCAACGUACCCAAUUUGGCCCCUUCGAAGAAGUCCAUCAAGUUCGUGCCCAGAGUUGGAAGGGGAAGUUACCGCACGUCGGAUCGCGGAAGCGAGAAACAGCGAGUUGCAAGCGGACAUUGAGUCUCAGCGGAUUGCCAUUGCCAGAGCUCUCGCAGAUGCCACGGAGCAAUCAAAGGCCGCUCAGAGGUCGAGACAGGAGUUGGAGCAGGCGCAGUCUGAAUUUGAUGAGAUGAAGGAGCUCGUUUCACAGAAUGAGAGCAAGAUAUCUGUUCUUGCUGAAGAGCAAGCGAGAAACUUGCGCAAUCUGGAGGACGUGCGUACUCGUGGACAGAACUUGGAACUGCAAAUCCAAGCUGCUCAGGCAGAGAGCGAGGAAGUUCGACAGGUGUUGAAGGCGACUAGCCAGGAGAAGGACCGGCUAUUGAAGCUUCAGGCUACUGAGCACGAUCAGAUUAUCCGGGAUCACAUUGCAGAAGCGGAUGGAGAUCGUGCUGUUUUUGAACGUCAGUUCCACGAGCUCAAGAAUUACCAAGAGCGUCUCGAGCGAGAGGUGAAGAAUCUUAAAGCUGAUAUCGAGGUAGCUAAUGCGGAUGCGGCUGGGCUGCGAGAGGAGCUGCAGAGGGUCGAGCAUGAGCUUUGA